AUGAGAGUUGUUAUACAGAAGGUAAAGAGUGCUUCGGUAGCUGUUAAUGAGAAGAUUAUAUCAUCCAUUAACCAAGGUCUAAUGAUUUUGGUGGGAAUAUCACCACUGGAUACCGAAGAAGAUGCCAAGAGACUUUCCAACAAAAUAGUAAAAUUAAGACUAUUUGAAGAUCAUUCAAAUCCACCUGAAACAGCUGCUACCCAAAAAUGGAUGGGUAAACCAUGGGCAAAGAGUGUGAGCGAUGACUCAAAAUUUUCUAUCUUGGCUGUAUCUCAGUUUACAUUAUAUGGAACAAUCAAGAAGGGAACCAAACCAGACUUCCAUAAGGCAGCCAAGGGUGUAGAAGCUAAAAUAUUGUACGAUUUCUUUUUGCAGCAAUUGAAGAAUGCAAUUGGUGAAGAGAGGGUUAAAGAUGGAGAAUUUGGUGCAAUGAUGGAUGUACUGUUGGUGAAUGAAGGUCCAAUUACCAUCAUAUGGGACACCAACGAUCCUACUAUUUAA